AUGUUGCAUCAGUCUUUUGAGCAGAACCAUUCCGUGAAAUUCUUUCGCUUGGCUUCCUAUAUCCUGCUCGCGAAAAAAUUAUGGGAAAGCAAUAUACAGUUCGAAAAUGAUGUUGAGUUGCUGGCAACUGAAACGGUAUCUCCGUUGAUCAAGGAACUAGACCGCAUGACGGAAAGCAUUUGCGGCACGCAGUUGACCAUCCAGAUCGCCACCUCACAGCUGCAUGUAGUCAACGAAUCGUUCUACGUGUUGGAUGACAUCUUGGAGAGUAUAUUCAGUGAUCAGCGCAUACCUGACUUGGUAUCAUCGUCUGUACUUCAGCACGAAGCGAAAUUCGACCUUAGUGGUAGCAGGGACUCCGUUGGUGGGACGGUCGGUGAACCAGCCUAA